AUGGCAGUAGCAAGCCAACAGUUGAUCGAGCUACGUAAACCAUAUAGCCCGUACCACAGCAGUGACGUCGAUUCUAUUUAUGAGUCUCGCUCACUUCAUGGCGGGGAGUGCAGAGUGUUUCUUAACGUGUGCACCUGUUACAUGAUUAUCAGGAUGCUGCCACGUGGAAUCAGUCUUCCCUGCAAGCUCCUUGCCAAGAAUCUCGAAAAUGGCCACCCGUAUGAGCCUUGGUUCAGUACCGACCCACCCAGCAGCAGUAAUGAAGAUUUAAGUGUCCCGUCUUGGUGGGAUAUCCACCCCGGUACUACCAGCUGGAUGGACCUUCAGAACACCCAGGGCAACCUGCAGGCCCCAACGCAAACUGGCUCCCUGCAGUCCACACUCGGCAGCUACACCUCGGAGCACCAGCUUCUGCGGACCCCCUACCCAUCUGGCCCCCCAAACCCUCAGCAUCUCUUUGCUCAAGAUGGUUUCAAGCCGCUGGAUACAAGCCUCCCAGAGCCGCAUCCCCUGGAAGAACCCAAUGGACAGUGGCAACCGGCCGAAAAGCCACCGCCGACAGUGCCAAAGGAGCUCGGGCAGGCGGUCUGUGCCGCUGCCCCCAACUGCGUCCGAGGUGCCGAACGUAUGGCCCCCUGCGCUGAUACCACCAAGAAGAAGCAUCUCCACAACUGCCACAUACCGGGCUGUGGGAAAGCCUACGCCAAGACGUCGCACUUGAAGGCGCACCUACGGUGGCACAGCGGCGACAGGCCCUUUGUCUGCAACUGGCUCUUCUGUGGCAAGCGCUUCACCCGCUCGGACGAGCUCCAGCGCCACUUGCAGACGCUACGGGCACCAAGAAAUUUCACCUGCACGGUCUGCAAUAGGGUCUUCAUGAGGAACGACCACCUGUCCAAGCACAUGAGGACCCAUCAUGAGGCCUCAGAGAUGAAGGAGAGGCCAUCAACAAGUGCUUCGAGCAGAACCCCGAGGCCCCCUUGAAACCCAAAAGAGAACCGACGCCGGCUCCUCCGCCGGAAGCAGCAGGACCAAUUGAAGGGGUGGGAUAAGGAAGCUCCGCAGACGUGUGCCCCUUAACCACGGAGACUUCAUUUAAGAAAAAGGCGCUUUAUCAGUUAGUCUAGUGCAGCUCCAUAGAGCAACGGAAGGGAAAAACUGGACGAGGAAGUCACGUAGAGUAGAGCUGAACAUAGCCUUUAAUUUAAUUUUGUCCAUUUUGUUGGUCUUUUUUUUCUUCCUCCCCAUACCAAAGGCACUUAUAGAUCUUCAAGGAAAAGGGAAUCUUCACUUACUGUGGAAUUCUCCAUACCC